GGUGGGGUGCCCCCUGCAGCUGGGCUAGGGGCUGUGUAAGGGGCUGCAGUGGGUCGAGGAGGGGCCUGGACUCUGCCCUGAUCAUGCCCCACCCAGCUCUGCACCUCGGAUCAGGGCUGGGCAUGCGGGGGUCUCCCUGGGCCAAGUGAAGGCAGCUGGUAGCUUGUUAAACCCUGAGGAAAAUGAGGUGCAGACAGGGGAAGAGAGGUGCCUAAGUCUAGCAGGAGUCCUGGCCCCCACUCCCUUCCCAGAGCCGGGGAGAGAACCCAGGAGUCCUGGCUCCCAGGCCCCCCUGCUCUAACCCACCAGCCCCCACUCCCCUCCCAGAGCCGGGGAGAGAACCCAGGAGUCCUGGCUCCCAGGCCCCCCUGCUCUAACCCACCAGCCCCCACUGCCCUCCUGGAGCCCGGGAGAGAACCCAGGAGUCCUGGCUCCCAGCCCCCCCUGCUCUAACCCAUCAGCCCCUACUCCCCUCCUGGAGCCCGGGAGAGAACCCAGGUGUCCGAUCAGCACCAUGUCCUCGCUCUGAAUCUCUCCCUCCCGCCCCCACGCUUAUCUCCUGCCCCGCCGGAGUCUCAUGUCGCUUCCGGGGCCAAAGUGCGUCAUCGUGAGUGGGACGUGGAUCCGGAGCUGGGAGCAGCCCCCUGGGCGUGGAGUUGGUGUGCCGGGCGAGGGGUCCUUGGGUGAGGAGGUGCCCGGCCGGGCCCGGACUCGGUUCUCUCAUCCCAGCCAGGGGCUUUGUGGAGCCAGGCUCCCCCAAGCAGGAUGACUGGCGCCCUGAAGAAGCACCUUGAGCUGCUGAGCGUGUUUCAGUGGGUUAUGACCUUCCUCUUCUUCGGUGCCUUCUUCACGUCCCUGCUGUUCUAUCUGCUCUUCACCCGUCUCUGGGCCGUCUCUGUGCUGUACUUCAUGUGGUGGGUGCUCGACCGCGACACCCCAGAGAGAGGCGGCCGACGUUCAGACUGGAUGCGACGCUGGCGAGUCUGGCAGCAUUUGACUGAUUAUUACCCCGUCAAGCUGGUGAAGACGGCGGCGCUGCCCCCCGACCGGAGUUACGUGCUGGGCUCCCACCCCCACGGCAUCAUGUGCGUGGGGGCCGCGGCCGCCUUCUGCACCGAGGGCCCCGGCUUCUCCUGUCUCUUCCCCGGCCUGCGGCCCAGCCUGGCGCUGCUGGCGGGGCUUUUCCGCCUGCCCCUCUACCGCGAGUACAUGAUGGGCUUUGGGAUGUGUCCCGUGAGCCGCCCCAGCCUGGAUUUCCUGCUUGCCCGGCCCGGCAACGCGGUGGUGAUCGUGGUGGGGGGCGCGGCUGAGUCGCUGGACUGCGCCCCCGGGCAGCACCGCGUCACCCUGCAACGCCGCUCCGGCUUUGUGCGCCUGGCGCUGCAGCACGGGGCCGCCCUGGUUCCCGUCUAUUCCUUCGGGGAGAACGAGGUUUUCCGGCAGCUCAUCUUCCGGCCGGGCAGCCGGCUCCGGCACCUGCAGCUCCGCUUCAAGGACCUGACGGGCUUCGCGCCCUGCCUGUUCUGGGGGCGCGGGCCGCUGCCCUUCCCCUCGCCUGUCACCGUCGUGGGUGAGGAGCCUGAGGAGGGGGUGGUCCCAGUCCCUGGGCCGGGCAGGGGUGGGGGAUCCCAGCCCCCUGCUAACCCCCCCUCUCUCCACAGUGGGGAGCCCCAUCCCGGUGCCGCGCCGCCCCCGCCCCACCCGCGCCGAGGUCGCUCACUACCACGGGCUGUACGUCGAGCAGCUUCGCCAGCUCUUCGACCGCCACAAAGUCAGCUGUGGGCUGCCGGCCUCCUGCCAGCUCAGCGUGGUGUAGGGCCCCCGGCAGGCCCCCUCCGGCCUCCUGCCAGCUCAGCGUGGUGUGGGGCCCCCGGGCACCUCGCGGCCUCCUGCCAGCUCAGCGUGGUGUGGGGCCCCCGGGCACCUCGCGGCCUCCUGCCAGCUCAGCGUGGUGUGGGGUCCCCGGGCACCUCGCGGCCUCCUGCCAGCUCAGCGUGGUGUAGGGCCCCCGGGCACCUCGCGGCCUCCUGCCAGCUCAGCGUGGUGUAGGGCCCCCGGCAGGCCCCCUCCGGCCUCCUGCCAGCUCAGCGUGGUGUAGGGCCCCUGGGCACCUCGCGGACUCCUGCCAGCUCAGCGUGGUGUAGGGCCCCCGGGCACCUCGCGGCCUCCUGCCAGCUCGGCGUGAUGUGGGGCCCCCGGGCACCUCGCGGCUUCCUGCCAGCUCAGCAUGGUGUAGGGCCCCCGGGCACCUCGCGGCCUCCUGCCAGCUCGGCGUGAUGUGGGGCCCCCGGGCACCUCGCGGCCUCCUGCCAGCUCG